GGCAAAGAUGAGUUAUGCAAUUUUAGUGAAAUAAAGCCGCAUCAUAUGUGAUGAUGCUGGGUCGGUGCUGAAACUUUUAGCCGUGCGGACCAUUAAGAGCGGCAAUAGGCUCCCUGUUGGGUUUACUGUACCACGCUCACGCUGGUGUCGUCACACACUGGUGAUGUGCCUUUGAUUUCAGUAAACAAUUUGAUAGUGCUCCAGCGCCGCUCCAACCGUGUGCUCCUGUACACUGUGUCCCGACACAGGAUAAUGGUCAUUAUGAAAAGCUCGGGAGGAUUACAACUCGCCUUCAGAAUUUAUAAGCGAAGUCAUCACUCAGUUGGAAUUAUUGGAGCGCCUUUUUCAAAAGGACAACCGCGGGAUGGUGUGGAGAAAGGACCAGACCUCAUUCGCGCAGCCGGAUUGGUGGAGAAGCUUAAAGCGCAAGGCUGUGCGGUCAGAGACUAUGGCAACGUGACGUUUGAGGAGGUGGCCAACGAUGAGCCAAUAGGCAAUGUGAAGAGACCCAGAGCCGUGGGCAGCGCCAACCAACGUCUGUCUGCUGCCGUCCACGCUGUGAAAAAUGACGGACACACCUGUGUGAUGCUGGGAGGAGACCACAGUUUGGCAAUAGGCUCGAUCCAGGGGCAUGCAGCAGCUAAGAAGGACCUCAGUGUGGUAUGGGUGGACGCCCAUGCAGACAUCAACACACCCCUGACCUCCCCUACAGGCAAUAUCCACGGACAGCCCAUGUCCUACCUCAUCCACGAGCUGCAAUCCAAGAUUCCAGUUCUGCCAAAUUUCUCUUGGAUAAAGCCAUGCGUAUCAGCCAAAGACAUAGUCUACAUUGGCUUGAGAGACGUGGAUCCAGAGGAGCACCAUAUCCUGAAGCUACUGGGUAUCAAAGUUUACUCCAUGACUGAGGUGGAUCGCCUUGGAAUCGCCAAAGUGAUGGAGGAGACAUGUGACUACAUCUUCUCAAAGGUGAAGAAGCCCAUCCAUCUGAGCUAUGACAUCGACGCCCUGGACCCAUCAAUCUCCCCGGCCACAGGAACCCCAGUAGUGGGAGGGCUGACCUACAGGGAGGGAAUCUACAUCACAGAGCACAUCAGUCAGACAGGGCUGCUGUCUGCAGUGGACAUGGUGGAGGUGAACCCUAAGAGGGGCAGGACAGAUGAUGAGAUCAGCUCCACGGUCAACGCUGCAGUAGAUCUGAUACGUGGCUGCUUCGGAAAGCUUCGGGAGGGAAACCACCCUGCAGACUACAAGAUGCCCCUGCCUUGAGCUGCCAAGUACCACCAGAAUCUGCUGUUACGAUAAAGGGCCCUGGCCAUCAAACGCAAUCUUUUGUAUUAAAUCAUGGAGAUUAAAAUACUUUUUUCCCACAGAA